GCAAUAGUCGGCUGUACCAUGGGAUGUAGGCAAAGCUCUGAGGAGAAAGAGGCAGCGAGGCGGUCCCGGAGGAUUGACCGCCACCUGCGCUCUGAAAGCCAACGACAGCGACGAGAGAUCAAGCUCUUACUCCUGGGUACUAGCAACUCUGGCAAAAGUACUAUUGUCAAGCAAAUGAAAAUCAUUCACAGUGGCGGCUUUAACUUGGAGGCUUGCAAGGAAUAUAAACCUCUGAUUAUCUAUAAUGCAAUUGACUCUCUAACGCGUAUCAUUCGUGCUCUAGCCACCCUUAAGAUAGAGUUCCACAAUCCAGACAGAGCCUAUGAUGCUGUGCAGCUUUUUGCCCUGACAGGCCCAGCCGAAAGCAAAGGGGAAAUUACUCCUGAGCUUCUAGGGGUCAUGAAACGGCUCUGGGCAGACCCUGGUGUACAGGAGUGUUUCUGUCGCUCCAAUGAGUACCACCUAGAGGAUAAUGCUGCAUACUACUUGAAUGACCUAGAAAGGAUUGCAGCCCUGGACUAUAUUCCCACAGUGGAAGAUAUUCUGCGUUCUCGGGACAUGACCACAGGGAUUGUGGAAAAUAAAUUUACCUUCAAAGAGCUGACUUUCAAAAUGGUGGAUGUGGGUGGGCAGAGGUCUGAGCGCAAAAAAUGGAUCCACUGUUUUGAGGGGGUUACAGCAAUAAUUUUCUGCGUGGAGCUGAGUGGGUAUGACUUGAAGCUGUAUGAAGAUAACCAAACGAGUCGAAUGGCAGAAAGUCUGCGCCUAUUUGACUCCAUUUGCAACAACAACUGGUUUAUCAACACUUCCCUUAUCCUUUUUCUCAAUAAGAAAGAUCUGCUGGCAGAAAAAAUUCGGCGCAUCCCGCUAACAGUUUGCUUUCCUGAGUACAAGGGCCAAAACACUUAUGAGGAGGCAGCAGUCUACAUCCAACGUCAAUUUGAGGACUUGAAUCGUAACAAGGAAACCAAGGAGAUCUACUCACACUUCACCUGUGCCACUGAUACCAGUAAUAUCCAGUUUGUCUUUGAUGCGGUGACAGAUGUCAUCAUUCAGAACAAUCUCAAGUAUAUUGGCCUCUGCUAAGAAUCCAUGAGGCUCAAUCUGUCUUCUUGAGGUGAUGCAAAAGGGGCAACCACUUUCACUUUUGGUGGCAAAAAUGGGGCAGCCCUUGGAAGUGCAAGAAGAAGAAGGGGGAAGUCUGAAGUAUGUUCACAGACCCCCUAAGCCCUAUUAUGCCACCACAUUAUUUUUCAAAAAUGUAUGCUCUGGAGGAUGCAAAGCCUCCAAAAAAAGAAAAAAAAAGGAAAAAAAAAAAAGUUGAGGUCUAAGUGUGUGGAAAUGUUUUCACCACAAUCACUGCUGGUUCAUUCUGUUUGUUACAUCUCAUUUUGCUAAGAUGGCAGAGAUACCAUAUUCUAUGUAAGAAAUAAUUCCUCAUCCAACUGUUCUAGAAACCAUUUUACUGCCAGGAAGAUACAGAACUGGUGAGUGAAAGAUGGGCCUGCCUUGUAGGGUUAUUUCUCCCCCCCUCCCCCCCAGGAGAAAAGCUAGUUCCAACCAGAAGUUACCAAACAGGAAAAUCUGAGCUAAGCAUUACUUACAGCUUUAAAGAAGGGGCAUGUAUCCACUGGCACACACAAACGUACAGUAUAUACACAUCCAACAUGUAUACACAUUGCCCACAACUCACAGCAUAUACUAUGUAUACACUUCUGCUUUGCUUUGUUGUUUAUCAUGGACACCUUUCCUGUCAAAGGAAUUGUUGGUGCAGAAUUGUUCUAUGAUUUCCAACCUGGCCUUUAGCCAUUUCUGCUCUUGAUUGCUU